GGCAGUCAAGAGAGUGUAACAUUUUAAUUUAAAAAUCUUCGCGCCCUGUGCCCGACUACUCCUUCCCAGGGCCCCACACCAUACGUAAUUGUGCACGUGUUCCACUGUGCGCUCGCGGCCAUGAUCGGGAAAAUGGCGGAGGAAAAAGAACUCGAUGAAAAGACGGGCAGUGGCGAUUCAGAAGAAGAUCAAGACGACGAAGAGGUUGAAGCUAACGGAAAAGACGAUUUCGAUGAAGAUGAUCCGGAGUUUGAUGAUCCAGAAGGCUUUGUGGAUGAAGUAACAGAUGAAGAACUCUUGGGAGAUAUCUUGGCAGAGAAACCCAAAGAAGUCCAAGGGACUGAUUGCAUCAUUGUUGUUGACAAUGUGCCUACCAUCCCGCCAGACAGACUCGAAAAGUUAAAGAACGUGAUCCGUAAAGUAUUUUCAAAGUUUGGAAAGAUCAUUACUGAGCAUUAUCCAUUGGAUGAUAAUGGAAUGACAAAAGGGUAUAUUUUCUUGGAAUUCUCUAAUGCUAAAGAUGCAGCACAAGCUGUGAAGACAGCUAAUGGUUACAAGCUAGACAAACAUCACAUAUUUGCUGUUAAUCAUUUUGAGGACUUUGACAAGUUGGUUAGCCUGACAAAGGACUGGCAAGCUCCAACAAAACAACCCUAUGUUCAGCAGGAAAAUUUGAGAUCUUGGCUUUUGGAUCAGGAUUGUAAUGAUCAAUAUUCUUUGAUUCAUGGAGGAGGAGAUAAAGUUGCAAUCAUGUGGAAUACCCAACAGGAACCAAUUCUAUCAAAAGAGAGACUGAACUGGACUGAAACAUAUGUACGCUGGUCACCCAGAGGCACAUAUUUAGCAACUCUCCAUCACCAGGGUAUUGCUCUCUGGGGUGGAGAAGAAUUCAAAAGGCUGAUGAGGUUCAGUCAUCCAGGAGUCCAGCUCAUAGAUUUCUCGCCCUGCGAAAGAUAUUUGGUGACCUUUAGUCCUCUAGUAGACAAUCCUGAUGAUCCACAGGCCAUAGUAAUCUGGGACAUACGAACAGGAACAAAAAAGAGAGGGUUUAUUUGCGGAGAUCAAUCUCAGUGGCCAGUGUUUAGAUGGAGUGCCCAGGGUAAAUUUUUUGGUCGUUUAGGAGAGGACAGCAUUAGUAUAUAUGAGACACCGGGGCUGUAUUACAACCUUGAGCUUUUCCGUGUGCGAGAGCGGCAGAUUCCAGUUGAUGUUGUGGAAAUGAAAGAGGCUGUUACUGCUUUUUCGUGGGAACCAGGCGGCAGUAAAUUUGCCAUAAUCCAUGGUGAGAGUCCCAGAAUAUCAGCCAGCUUUUACAACAUGGAGAAACAAGGCAGUAUAAUGGUUACUAUAUCUGGUCAUUCCAAGGCAAGCUUCUUCAACGUCACGCUUUAGAUCAGUUUUGUCAACUUCUGUGGAGGCCCAGACCUCCAAGUCUCCUUUCAGAGGACGAUAUGAAGAAUAUCAAGAAAGACAUCAAGAAGUUCCAGCGCAUGUUUGAGAUCAAGGAUCGAAUGAGCCAGUCACGAGCUUCUAAGGAGUUAAUUGAAAGGCGGCGGCGAAAGAUGAAAGACUUUCAGGGCUACAGGCAAAAGAAAAACAACGAGUUUGCACAGCAGAAGGCGCAGCGCUUGGAGUUGCGCAACGGUAUUGAUACAGACGAGAUUGAUAGUAACGCAGAAGAGUUUGAAGAUGAGUCAGUGGAAUUCUUUAUUAAAGAGGAGAUUAUCGAAGUGGAAGAGUAACCCCGCAGCCGAGUUUAUCCGUCGAUUUCCCACGAGUGAGAAUAGCGAGCGAUUUUUUUCUUAUUGUCACAAGUGAUAAAGAUAACCUAAGAGUUCGAAUUGAUCUGGAAUAUUUCAGGCUCAGUUGCGGCCGAUAA